GUAGAUUUGUAAAUAACCUAAUGCAUUUAUAUAUCUAAAUGGAUUAUUUUCUAAAUUACCUAAUUUGUAUGUUAAUCGUCAUGAAUUCAGCAUCAACAGGACUGAAUCAAGAGGUGUGCGACAGUAACACGGGGCCUGUAUGCUGCGAUGGAUAUUAUCGGGAACAAAUCACAGGAAAUUGCAUUCGUUGCAGGCCUGGAUACUUUGAUCUGAAUUGUUCUAAGAAAUGCGGGUACCCUACAUAUGGUGAACAAUGUCAAAAAAUCUGCAGGUGUACAAGGACUCAAUGCAACUUUUCUCAUGGGUGCAUUGUUAAUUUUAAAGUAUCUGAUGAAUCUAGCCUAAACCUUUUCUCACCAAGACUUCAAAGCAGAAAAUCAAAUUUGCUAUUUGUCAACAGAAAUGAAAUGAAUACAGUUAUAAAUGCACAUGGCAAUUAUCAAAUCAAAUAUGGGAGUACCACUUCGUCGGUCUUGGUAACUGGAAAUGAAUCAAGAACUUUGAAAUCCGAUUCUUACAAGAGCAACUCGGAGCAUCCAAAAAAUAUUAGAAGCAAUACUAAUGAUUCUAUCAUAGCAAUAACAUUUUCCGUUAUACUGGUUUUGGGGGGAAUUAUCGCGGUGACCGUUCAAAUGAUAAGAAUAUGUGUAUGCAAAAGGAAAGAAAAAAGCCAUCAAAAAGGUUCUCCCUUGAUAAUGUCCGAUUUAAUUACAUCAUAG